AUGGCACCUCCAUUGUCCACUUCGCCCAUUGAUGGUGAAAGUCUGUCGGCCUCCAACUCAACUCCUGUUGAGGAGAAGACGACCAUCACUGUGCUUGGCAAAGGCGAGGAGCUCAAGACCGAUGUAGACCACACCGGCCAUGAGAGUGAUGAAGAUCCAGAUGCUGUGAUCAUCACCGGAGCGGAUGCAGCGGUGCACUUGCUGCCGCUACGUGAUGAUUUUGACAGUGCCCUGACCUUCCGCAGCGUGGUCCUGGCUUCUGGCUUGGCCUGCUUCCAGGCUGUCAUGUACCAGAUCUACACGUUCAAACCGACCUUCAUCACCAUCCAAGGAACUUUUAUCGUCCUCAUCUCGUACUUCGUCGGCAAUGCUUGGGCUCGUUUCCUCCCUCGUGGCGAUAAAUUUGAGGCGCGGUGGAGGGCACAGGGCGGCCAGGGCAAGGCUCCUUGGUGGGUUGCGGUCUUCAGGUUCCUCAAUCCUGGACCAUUUGGUCUGAAGGAGCACGCCAUCUGCUCUAUCACUGCCACCUCAGCCUCAAAUGCUGCCGCCAGUGUGCAGGUCUUUGCGGCCCAGGACCUCUUCUAUAACCUUCCUCUGAGCGCGACCACCGUCAUUCUAAGCACCAUCUCAAUUGGUCUAUUUGGCUAUGGUCUCUGUGGUAUCAUGCGUCCCAUAGCAGUCUGGCAUCCAGAGGCCGUCUACUGGAGUACUCUACCGGUCGUCAAAACCCUGCAGGGGCUUCACUGGCAGCAGGUGAAGAACUCUAAGCCACUCCGAUAUUUCUGGUAUGCUUUCAGCGGCAUGGCUGUGUAUGAGAUUAUUCCUGCCUACAUCUUUCCAUGGCUGAACUCCGUCUCUAUCCCGUGUUUGGCUGCCCAGAAAGCCACUGGCAAUAAGGCUGCCAUACUUACCAAUCUCUUUGGUGGAGCAACCAACAAUGAGGGCCUGGGCUUGUUUACACUCAGCUUUGACUGGCAAUACAUCACCUCCUUCCAAACCUCACUCCCUCUAAAAUUGCAGAUUCACCAAGCAACGGGAUUUUUCGCCUGCUUCAUUAUUAUGCUUGGUAUCUACUACGGCAAUGGCUGGGAUUCAAAGUCACUUCCCUUCAUGUCGACCCGCCUGCUCCAGGCAAAUGGAACAGCCUACCCCGUCUCCACAAUCUUCCCUGGGGGAGUGCUUGAUGAAGCCGCCCUGGAAGUCUACGGUGUUCCCAAACUCACGGGUACAUUUGCCUUUUCCAUGUUUAUGGCCAACGCUGCAAUUGGUGCUUUGGUUGCACACACCAUCCUCUUUUGGGGAAGAGAUAUCUGGCGGACUUACAAGAGUGCGAGAGCAGGUAAAUACGACGAUCGGCACCAUGUGCACAUGGCAAAGCAUUACAAAGAAACUCCGUGGUGGUGGUACGCCUUCGUGCUGCUUUUUAGCUUCAUCCUGGGUCUGGUCGUGGUCCUCAAGGAGAACGUCACCCUACCUGCGUGGGCAUAUGUCGUCUCGCUGAUAGUCGGAAUUAUCUUUGCGCCAUUUAGUACUAUCCUCUAUUCCAAGUAUGGCAAUGGAAUCGCCACCAACAACCUGUCAAAGAUGUUGGCUGGCCUGAUGAUUCCGGGCCGCCCUGUUGGAAACAUGUACUUUGCUGCGUGGUCACACAAUGUCAUUUCCAAUGCUGUGACCUUGUCCAACGACCUGAAGAUGGGGGAAUACCUCAAAAUUCCACCCCGCGUCAUGUUCUUGACCCAGAUCUACGGCACGAUUCUUGGCGGUUUCAUCAACUAUGCUGUCAUGAUCUCGAUUGUGAGCGGCAACCGAGAACUUUUGGCAGACAGCAACGGAGACUCGUCCUGGAGUGGCGCAACCAUGCAAUCAUACAAUACCAACGCGACCUCUUGGGCCCUGGCAUCCUACCUCUAUAGGGCUGGUAAGCAAUACAGUAUCGUUCCCGCUGGGUUGGCAAUCGGUGCUGCUGUGGUUGCCGUUCACAAGAUUAUUCAUAAGCUUGUUCCACGGAUCGGGAAAUUUGACGUCUCCGAGAUCAACAUGCCGCAAUUCAUUCAGUACGCGGGCUAUAUCCCUUACAAUCAGAGCCAGACCUGCAUCCUCUUCAGUUGGGUCAUCGCGGGCUUUUACGUCCAGUACUACCUCCGAAACUUCAAGCCCCGGGUCUUCAAGGACUACUCGUACCUGAUCACUGGUGCCUUUGACGGAGCUAGCUUGACGGUCGUAUUCAUCCUCUCGUUCGCAGUGUUCGGAGCUGGAGGACCAGCGCAUAGCUUCCCGACAUGGUGGGGCAACAAUGUGAAUGGAUACUAUGACUGGUGUCCUUCCUCGGACUAG